AUGAUGUGGGGUUUCCGGCAUCUGGACACGCUGGAGGCGAGAACGACCCGGGUUCAGUACCUGCGGGCGCUGCUCGACUUCAGGAGAUGGUGCUGCGCGAACCUUCCAAGACAGCAAACCGCCAGAGUCAAGGGGGACGGCGUGCUGGAACACGAGGACGAGAUAGGGAGGUACAUCGACGAAGACAUGGGUGAUCAGUGGCACACCGCCAAGGGCGACCUACAAUGGAUGCACGGUCCCCGCGUCAACGCCACGCGGAUCAGGGCGUACAUUCUGUCAAUCGCGAGGCAGCAUGGUAUUGCAAAGGCCGAGGAGCUCGAGGAGCUCGAGGAGCUGAAUCCCGACGUCCGUGUCCAGCCCCUGAAGCCGACAACCGUUUCGAUGCUGCUCAUCCGCAUCAAAGCGCUCCAGACAGCCUGCAAGGUCGAGGGGACGCUCUUCGGGGUGAAGGAGCUCCACAUCAUGUACGACAUCUCCGAGGUCCGCUCGGAGGUGCGCGCGAUGGUCAGAGAGAAGUGGCACAGGGACGACAGGGAUUGCGUCGACCGGCACCGCGGAACGCUCGGCGACACGUACACCACCGACCAGAUCCGCCACCUCAUGUUCAAGGUCUUGCCGACCUGGGCAGCUCGGGCGUACGAACCCAAAGCGGCCACCCCCUCCCAGACACUGUGGAAGUUUCUGCUGAUGAAGACGAUGACCCUCUUGGGUCACCACACCCUUCUCCGCGGAGCCAGUCUCCGAGCGAUCGAGCUCCCCGACCUGUUUUUGUACAGAAUGGGGAACGCGUCGCCCGAGCACUCCACGCGACGGCCGGUUGUCAUGGUCGUCGCGUCACGAAACUCCAAGACAAACAAGGAUGCUCGUCUGCAUCACAGCUACGCGGCGAGACACCUGGAGCAAGAGAUGUGCGCCGUCGGUCACACACUGUUGUGGCUGCACUUCGUGUACGGCCAGCUGAGCCGCUCGCCCACCUCUCGAUGUGUGCCGCCCCUCGACUUCACAACUCCGUACAGCUGGUAUCACAAGCACCUCUUUCAUGCUCGGAACGACAAGGCACAAAAAGAGCUGCCGGCUUCAUCUCAUUCUCGGAUCACGAAAGAGAUGUGGCGGACGAACAAGAUCUUCAUCACGCGCAACACCCACGCCGCCCGGGCGGGUGGGGCACAGGAGCUGGCCGACGACGGCGUUCCGCGAUCUGACAUCGCCGACUUGGGCCACUGGGCGCUCGACAAGCUCGCGAAGAGCUACAUCACGACCAUCCCGAAGGCGGCGGUGUUGAGAAAGGCCGGCUACACGGGCAAGCGCGGCGACUACCACCUCGGCCGGAGCAUGGUGAAGCCCGACGACAAGGUUGUGGCCCUCAUCGCCCAGCACAUCUUUCCGUGGGCUGAAGCGGAACUGGCCAAGGUGAGCAUUUCGGACGGCAAAAACGUCGACAACCCGCCGACCAUUUCCACGACGACAUUCUACCGACGGCUGAUUGUGUUUGUGUUUGUGUUCGACUCGCAGGCGGUAAGGUGCGCAUCCGCGAGAGAGCCCAACACGGCCGGGGUGCACUUCCUGCAAUCGCUCAUCGAGUUCGGCCGCCGAAUCAUCGCCGAGGAUCUUGCGUGCAUGCUGAUGCGCGAACCGUGGCACCCGUACGUCCAGAGUUCCAAGCUCUGCCGCGACCCCGACUUCCAGAAAUGGGCCAAGGACGUCAACCGGGUGGACCUCGAAACCAUCGCGACGCGCAGUACUCCGAGCGAGAACCCCCAAGAGGAAUUCAGCGCGCGAGUCGACGCCAAAUAUCAGGUCGGCCAGCUCACCAUGAUGAUGCACCGCCAGAGGGAGGAUGCCACGAUGGAGAAGCUUGAGAUGCAGAAGAAGUUGGAGGAGAAGGACGCGGAGAUCGCGAAGUUGAUGCAGGCUCUCAAGCUGGCCGAGGCACGGCCGACGCCGACUGCGCCGGCACCGUCAAGGCCGAUGACCGCUGCCGAGAAGGCAGCGUCCGUUAAGAUCGAGAAGGAACAGGACGAUGACCUGACGUACGAGGUCGAAAAGGGCGACAAGCCCGCCGCGUCGGGGAAGUCGGCAAAGAGCUCUCGUCCCACGACCGAGGUGGGUGAGACGGGGAAAAACGAUGCGCUGCAGCACUGCACUCGCCGGAUGAGGCGGAUCAUGGAAGCGGUGCACGACUUGCGGCGGAGCGACGACGCUGCUGACACCGCCGCCGUCAUCAAGCUACUCGACCACCUGGGGCGAGCGGGGCUUUCCACUUUCAGCGACGCGCUCUUGGUCCUCCGUGCAACCCCGCCCAUCAAGGUCCCCACCACAGCCGACGGAAAGUCGGUCGGCAUCAAGGGUCUGGACAAGCCGCUGGCGAGGAAGCUCGCCGUUGCGUGGGGCAUGGUCACAACGGGCUACAUGGACGCUGACUGGGGAAAGAGGCUCUUCGGCGACUUGUGGGAUGUGCAGGCCAAUAAGGCCGGCUUGGAGGCCGAGGCGACGGCGGGAGCCAUCGGCGCAGGGAAGCGCAAGAGGGCGGGCUGA